AUGGCUUUACAGUCAACUUUUCGUUGGGCGACCCUGACUUUGUUUCGUCGUUCCUUUGUCCCGCCUGUUAGGACACCUGUGAGGAUAAUCGGCACCCAUCCAUUUUCCAGCAACCAAUCGUCACCACAGCAGGUCUCUCGGCCUGCGACGCUUCACAAACACCAGGAACAAUCUGACAAAUCUCCCUACUCACGAUCUCCUUCGCGCGUCUCCCGAAGUCAAACCGAACUCUUUCGUCGACGCCCAGAUGCGAAUAUCUCAACAACUCCGGAGAACGAGAGAUACUUCGGUAAUAUCCCACCAGCGGCAGAUGAAAAGAAUCUGAGAAACUUUCUCAAGCAUGCCGGGUUUAGCGUUGCCAACAUCCGCAUCGCAAUGGACCCGUUUACCGGCAAUAACCCAGGAUACUGCUUCGUGGAGUUCGAGACAAGAAAGGAUGCUGACCGCGCAGUGGAGCUGCUGACAGGACGGGAGUUUAGGGGCCGUUACCUCAGGGUUGAACAUGUUGCGAGCAAACAACGCCGCAUGAAGCCGAAAGGUGCUGAACAUGUGUUGGAUUUUUGGAGCCCUGAAAAGGCAGUUAAACACUUUGAUUAUGCGCGACGUGGCCAACGCUUGCUUAUCAAUGGCUUGCCUCCCCGCAGGAAGCUCAAACAGGGUAUAUUGAACCAGAAGCUUGUGCAAUUCUUCCAGGGCUUCAACGUAGAGGCUAUAAGCAAGCCGCUGAUCCCUCCCGAGUCGUAUGAUACUCCACAUCCUUACAAUGCACCCUGCCAUUGCUACGUGGAUUUCGCUACUGCAGCAGACGCCGACAAAGCAAUGGAUACAUUGAACGGUCAAAUUGGCCCAUGGGGUCAGCCUCUCACGAUCGAAAAACAACGAAAAAACUGGGCAAAACCGAAAUCUGCCCCAAAACAAAGACCUAGGCGGGCUCUCUUUGAUCUCGACUAUGAAGAUCAAUAA